UUUCCCGUCUCCAAGGGAGCGGAGACAAAAAAAACCGAAACUAAAAGUUGCUUGCCCAGCCGCUUCCCGCCGCCCGCGCUCUGCUAGGUUUGGGCACCGACGGCGCGUCGCUCCGCCAUGGCAUCAUUUUCAAAUGUCAAGGAAUCCAAAAGUUGGGAAAGAACAGUAAUAGUUGCUGGGCUUCCGGUUGGUCUGUUCAGUGAUCAGUUAUUGGCCACAUUAGUGAAGAGUCACUUCCAGGAUGUUAAAAAUGAGGGUGGAGAUGUUGAAGAUGUGAUAUAUCCAACAAGAACCAAGGGAGUUGCAUAUGUAAUAUUCAAAGAAAAAAAAGAUGCGGAGAAUGUCAGCAAGCAAAAGACACACCAUCUAGCAAAGAGGGCUGGGUGUGCUCGACUCACAGUCUCUCACUUUAGUGACAAGGUCUUCAACUCUGUAAGUGCUAUCCUUGAUCUUUCUGUUUUUGGGAGUAAAGUUUUUCUAGAAAAUCUGAUAACGGAUCUUCAAAAGAUGGUCCCAACGUUAAGCUUCAGCCGCCUGGAACCCAACGGAAGAGUCUCUGUGGAAGGUUCAUUUCUGGCUAUCAGGAAGCUCAAAGAAUCUUUGCUAUUAAAAGCAAGUUCUCUUUUAGAAAGAAACAGGAAUUUUGUCAGUGAGGGGAGAGAUAGGGAUAGACAAAGCUUCCAGAAGCGCCUAUCAAGAAGUGGGGACUCUCCGGGGUCACCCAGGACCCUGGGACCUGAGGUUACUGGACAUGAAGAAACACUUGUGCUGGACACAGAUGUUUUCCUUUAUCUGAAACAGAAAUGUAGAGUUUAUGAAAGAUCAUUGAGUAAGUUCCAUAUUCUAAGUGGGGAGAGAGUGGAUGGUGACAUCACCACCAUUAGUUUAAAGAAUCCUCAAGUUGGUUUGUAUCCAAACAACGUAAAACAUGUCAAAAAGAUCUUGGAAAAAUGGUCCCAUGUUCUUCAAUAUAAGCUCAGAAAAGAGACACUUCUUUUGGAAGGAAAGAAAAAUACAGAGAAAAGAAACAUUGAAUGGGCGUGUGAACAACUGCAGCCGAGAUACCUUAGGGUUCUGAUAAAUUCUUAUAAGACACAUAUUGACAUUAUAGGAUUUUCUUCUGACACCUACCUGUUUAAAAAACAGGUGAUGGAAUUAAUAGGGCACAAAGUUAGUUGAAGUCUAAGCAGUAGUGGUGAUAACUGCUGCCUUCCCUUCAUGGGUUAUUGCCUCUGCAAUACGUGACCAUAGCUUGACAUGCCUUAUCUCAUUUUAUCCUGUGACCAUCCCUCAUCAUGAGCAUCACUAUCCCCAUGAUGUAGGGGAAGAAGCUAGGGUUUGGAGAAAAAACACUUGCCUGAAGUUACCUGGUUUAGAAAAAACAGGAGUGGCACUUAACUCAGACUGUCUGAUUGCAAAGCUAAUAAAUAUCUAAGGCACAAAACUUUGAAAAAAUUCUCACUAAAUUACCUUGGAGAAAUCUCACUUUCUCCAGAACUCUAAAAUACUUCAAAAAUAAAUCUGUGAGGAGUUGGGAUGAUGGUUAUUAUGCUGUUGCCACUUUCUUAACAUUGACAAAUUUGUAUUUCCUCCAUAUAGAAUUAGAGUGCUGGCAAAAUCAUUUGGAACAGGAGUUAGAAAGUGUUUCUCAUGUAGAUAGUUAUUAUUUGACUAAAUACUAUUUUUAUAAGGCUUUUGGAUAUAUGGAGCUUUUUUUUUUUACUGUUAUUUAGUCUUAUGUAAGUGUUGGUUGUAAUAAUUAUCGAGAAUUUUGAAAGAGAUCCAUAAGAUUUCUAUUACAGAAACUCCUUGUGAUGAGUUAUGUAUUGAUAAAUUCAUUGUAAAUAGAAAGUAUCAUAAGUCGAAAAUGCAUUGAACAUCCUGAUUUAGCUGCACAGUGCACUGUAGCACAUGAGUUGUCUCCCCUUGUGAACUCUUGCUGGCUGGGAGCUGAAUCCUGCUGUCGCACUGCUCAGCAACAUGAGAGAAUAUUGGAUCUACCCACACGUUGUUAGCCCAGGAGAAGAUCAAUAUUAAAAAUUCAAAGUACCAUUUCUUCUGAAUGUAUAUCACUUUCAUAUGAUUUUAAAGUAAAAAAAAAAUCAUAAAUCAAAGCAAUGCAGGUUUGGAAUCAUUUGUAUUCUUACUACCCUUGAUCUUGUUCUUGUUGUCACUUUAACAAUGUAAUUGUAAAAUAAAGGGAGAAAAAAAAAGAUCUAUAGCAAUUGUUUCA